UUCACAGCUUGUUAAAAAUCUUGAUCCUACCUCUUGUUUUCAUGCCUUUCACAUCAGGAAAUGAGUUUUACAACUUUUCCAGUGGGACACAGCUGGUGGCCAGGGUCAUAAAGCUGAACUUUAUAAAUGUCUCCUGGUGGGACUGAGAGGAGACAUUAAACAGGCGAGAGAGAGAGAAGGAGCAAAGCACAGAGACGGGGAGAGAGGAGCUGGGGAACUUCAUUGGGAUUAAGAAGAGUCGAGGCAUGACUGCCGCAAUGGCCAGGAAGGUGCAGAAGGUUGCCCGUGUCUGGGGCAGGAUCUGCCUGCUGGUCUCUUUCCUCCUCCAGCUCCAGGGAGCCCAGGCAAAAUGUUAUUUCCAGGCGCAAGCUCCCUGUCACUACGAGGGGAAGCAGUUCACCCUGGGGGAGUCCUGGCUCAGCACCACCUGCCUGCUCUGUACCUGCCUCCACCCCGUCGGCGUGGGCUGCUGCGAGAUCACCCAGCACCCCAUCGAUUUUCCAGACUGGUGCAUGGCCCACUAUGACUCGCAGACCUGCCAGAUUUCGGUGGUGCAGAAAGCCAACCCCAGCCUGCCGUGUGUGAACAGCAUGGAGCGCGAGUGGGGCUCGGCCGGCACCCCGGAGCCAAUGAUCAACAAGGUGCUAGAGAUGCCGCUGAGCAGGUAGAGGUGGGGACAUGCCUCCUCCACCCCCCGUCCAGCAUGAACCGCCACUGCCCCCGACAGCACAUUUCUUGCAUGUUCUGUCCCUGCACCACGUGCCGUGAGACGCCGCUGCAGCCACCUUCCAGGGAAACCACUAGCCGCCCAGUACUGGAAUAACUAACUUAAUAUUUACAACCUAGCGCUGCUCUGCCCCGGCUUCGCCUUAGCCUUCAGCUUCCUGAACCAAACCAGGGCUCCCCCCUGCACCCCAGUGCUCCACACACACUAAGGGAGGUCCCGGCCCGGGGGGGCACACUGGGGGCAGUGGACAAGCCCCCUGCUUCCUUUCUCAAACCCCACUGAGGAAAGCCCCUGGAGCGGGAGUCCCAGCUGAGGAUGGGGGGCUGGGAAGCAGGCGGUGCGUGUCUGAGUGCCCUGGGUCUGUGGCCUCAGCCAGUGCAGGACCCUCGGUGCUCUGUUGGCACCAAGCAGGGCAGGGAGGAGUCCGUGAUGCCUUCCUGGGGUCUGGGCUGGGCAGCCGAGCUGGGCUCUCUCCAGGCAGGCAGCCCCGCAUGGACCAGGCAGGCAGAUUUCUGGCUACUGGGAGGCAGAGAGCCGCUUUUCUAGAGAGGAUCGAACUGGCACAGCCCUGUGGCAGCCCUCUGCCCUCCCUGCAUCACCCAGGAACUGCCCCCUGGGCCUCCCCCUACCGUGGCCAGCAUCCCAGUGUGGGGCAGGGCCAGGGCCAGCAAGGGCCCUUUGCACUUACACGCCCUGCUUGCGAAGACCCGACCCAGUCACUGCACUUUCCCUGCCGGCCCUUUGCCUUGGGGUGAAAUGGGUGAGGCUCUGUCCUGCCUUUGGGUGUGGGGGCAAAAGCCUCUUCUGGAACCACUGCAGCCCCUGCACCCACAGCUCCCUGGGGCGGAAGGAGCCCGCCUGCCCCACGUGCCGCCCCCCAGCCUGGUGAUGCAGCAGAGCCCUGCCCGGAGGCAGUGGUGUGCUGGGGGCACGGGGUGAACCAGGCCAUGCCUCAGGCAGCGCAGAGUCUGACCGCCCUGGGCGAGACCUGGCAGAUGGGAAGUGUGAGCGCCCAGGAGCCCUGCUGGGGCUCAGCGAGCUGAAGUGAC